AUGAAGUUUAACACCUCUAUUUUAUUAGCGGCCUCAUUGCUGGCUUCGACAGCCACUGCUGCCGUUCCGGUGGAAGCUUCUGUCGCUGCCCCUAUCACCCCUAGGAAAGCUUUCCCAGACCCAAACUGGGAAGAGCUUGAGAAAAGAGGGAUUAUUGAGAAUAUCGUCAAUGGUAUAAUCGAUAAGAUCCAAAGUACCGUGACAUGCGUAGGAUGCGAGGCGUUAACGACUGCACUGAAGGGUGUCUCUCAUCUUGGUGAUACCGUCUUUAUCAAGGUCAUCACUGCCAUCUGCUCUGGAUUGAAGAUCCAAGACAAAGACGUUUGCACCGGUGUCGUUGCAACUGAAGGCCCGGUUAUCGCGAAAACUCUCCGCAGCCUGACCAUCGGCAGCCGAACCAACAAAGUCCUCUGCUCAACCCUAUUUGGCCUCUGCGAAGCUCCCGAGCUCCUUCCAUACCCUGGUACAAUUCCGUCACCAUCUACAAACCGUCAAGCCGCUCCAAAAACUUCCGCUACAAAGCCGCUAAAGUUUGUCCACAUCAGCGAUACCCAUAUUGACAGGCUCUACAAGAACGGAACAAACACAAAAUGCAACAAACCAAUAUGUUGUAGACCUUACACCCCCGGUGACGAUGUCGGAAAGACAUCAAAUCCGGCCGGUCCAUUUGGAAGUACUGGGUGUGAUACUCCUGUUUCUCUAGAACAGAGUAUGUUCCAGGCUAUCAAGGAACUUGCAGGGGAUGCAGAUUUUAUGAUCUUUACAGGUGAUAUUCUCGACGCUGCUUUGUGGUUGCAGAGCCAGGAACAUACCCUUGAGAAUAUUAAGGGCAUGUACGGCGAUAUCUCGAAGAGCGGCAUUUCUGCCAAAGUAUAUGGUGUCAUUGGAAAUCAUGAUACUGCACCUGUCAAUUUGUUCCCAAUUGUUGAACCAGAGUCGGAUUAUGAUAGCGCUCUGCCAUAUUAUACACAGAACAGCAUUGAGCUACAAAAAUGGAUUGGUGCCGCCGCCGCCAAGUCACUCAAGGAAAACUACGGUUGCUACUCCGUGGUUCAUCCAGGAACAAACCUGAAGGUCAUCAGCAUUAGCACCAACUUCUGGUACAGCUUGAACGUUUGGGUCUACGACAACAACGGCAUGGAUCGCGCUAGGGAUCCAGGAAACGUCUUCAAGUGGCUUACUGGAGAGCUCCAGGCUGCUGAAACCGCUGGUUUAUCCGCCUACAUCAUCGGACAUAUGCCGCCUGGUGUCGUUGAUGCUUUACCAGACUAUUCCAAUUAUUUCAACAAGAUCGUUACGAGAUACAGUAGCACUAUCAAGGGCAUGUUCUGGGGCCACACUCAUAGCGCCGAAUUCGAAAUCACUUACAACAACAAAGCUGCCCGCUCGCACAGUAAUGCUGCCAUUACCUCCUACGUUACCUCUUGCGUCACCCCCCGUAAUGCCAACCCAGUCUUCAGAGUCUACAGCAUUGACCCAUCCACCUACCAAGUCCUGGACUAUGAUCACUACUAUACCUCCAUUGCCGAUAUCCCCUACGGGUCCACUAAGAAACCACAAUGGAAGAAAUUAUACAACGCAAAGGCCACAUUAGGACCGCUAGUUUCCCCACCACUAUCAGCAAACGCGCCGCUUACUCCAGCUUUCUGGCAUAACCUCACAGUUGCGUUCGAAAAGAAUGAUAAUGCGUUCCAAGCAUGGUUCGACCGCAAGAUUGCGGAUUUCAGAACAACAGAAGAUUGUGAUGCAGAUUGCAAGGCCAAGGAGAUUUGUCAGAUGAGAGCCUCGAGUGCGGAACUUACUUGUUACAAACCGAAGAUUACAUCGCUGAAAAAGAAGAAUAAGAGAGAUACAUUUGAGGACUAUAUGGUAGAUUUGCCGGAUAUUGAGAGCGGUGAGGCUCUGGAGGCUGUAGACCAGUAUCUACAUAGGGGACCUAGAACGCAGCAUGGAACCUUAGAGUGUGGUGGGCAUAUGCUAGAAGUUUUUAUGAAGUUAGCAAGGGAUAAGGAUUCGAUUACAAAGAUUGUUGAAACGGAGGUUAGGGGGCGGGCAGUGGUGUAG